UUCCGGCGGCGGCGGGAAGAUGGCGGGGGCGGUGCUGCGGCGGCUGGCACCGGCGGCGCGGCGGGCGGGCGGGGCGCCAUGCCGGGCUCACCGCCUGACACCGGCAGACGACGAACUCUACCAGCGGACACGGGUGACGGUUCUGGAGCCGGAGUCCCCCAACAUCAUGUUCAUCGAGGGCUACACUAACCGCGGCUUCACCGUCAGCGGGGACCUGGUGGUGGGGCCCUGCGCCAUCCUGCCCCGCGCCAUCCUGCAGUGGAACGUUGGCUCCCACAGGGACAUUUCACAUGAGAGCCUGUCGCUGUUCCGGCUGCUGGCGCCCCAGAUAGAGAUCCUGGUGCUGGGCACAGGAGACAGGGUGGAGCGGCUGCACCCCGCCGUGCUGAAGCAGAUGCGGCGGUGCGGGAUCGCUGUGGAGGUGCAGGACACGCCAAACGCGUGUGCGACCUUCAACUUCCUAACGAGUGAGAAGCGCAGGGCAGCUGCCGGGCUCAUCCCCCCGCGGGGCAGCUACGUGGGGAUGUAGGACUUGCCUGCUGCAGAGACGGGCUCUCCCCUUCCUGCCUGGAGCCCCCAGCGUCACUGUUCCCGGUGGAGAAACGCCAUGGACUGAACGGCCAGAACCCGGCUGUGGCUGAGGGGUGGCUCUGUGCACAGGAGCGGUUGUUGGGAGGUGCUCGGGCUCGGUUCUGUCCCAAGCUCCCAGCUUCUCAGCCUCUGGGGGGCACGGCAGGAGGCACGAGCCCUGCUGGCAUGUUCUGCCGCGGGGUGCCCGGGGCUUUGGCAGCAAGAAGCUGUUGCCCCGAGGCAGGGUGGGGGCUGGCAGGGUGAGCUGCACACCCCCAGGCUUGUUUUGGGCUCCGCAAGGAAAAAUUACAUGCAAUUUGGCAGUACAAA